AUGCACCUUGGACUGUCAGACCCAACAGCACAUAACCCGCUGUCGGAUAGCCUGGCAGUUCUUGAGACCUUCCAAGGCUGGGAGCUGCGUCGCUGCUUCGGUGCCUGGGACACCGAGCAGCUCCAGGGCUUCAGCCGUGAGCAGCUGGCGGAGCUGCUGCGGCGCUUGUGUCCCGAGCUGGACGAGGCCAAGCGGAAGAUGGCGCUCCGCCCGCAACGGGUCAGACCCGCUGCGGGUGAACCCAGAGUAGGUGGUGAACCCGCAGUGGGGCGAAGGGAUGAUGAAUGGACGAUGGUGUCGCGGGAAAGGGUCGGUGAACAAGUCAGGUGA